GCAAUUUGGCCAGUCUCUGGGGAGCUGGGUGGACACCGAUUUCAAAGCUCAAGUACGGUACGCCCUCAUCCUACUGCGAUGUCACGGAUAUCCAUGUGUUUUCUAUGGUGACCUGUAUCCCAAUGAUGAGUGCUUUGACGAGGGCACCUCUCGCACUCUGAAAAAGUUACUUCUUGCACGGAAAUUGUUCGCAUAUGGACCUAUGGUAGAUUACUUCGAACACAGAAACUGUAUUGGAUUCGUGCGCAUGGGCGAUUCCGAUCAUGCUGGGUGUGUAGUUGUGCUCAGUAAUGACCCGAUCCAAGUUUCUUCGUGUCUUUUACACAUGCUCAUCUGUUGAUCGCUUCCUCGAUCAACUAGUAUCUGCUGGCCCCGAUGACCUAAUCCACUCUCCAUGUUUCCUCAUCGCAUGGUUCCGAUUUUUCCAAUGCAACCUACUACUAGUUCGAUCGAUCAUCCGGGUUUGUGUAAGCGGUUUAAUAUCCGUGCUAGCGUCAUUUAUUGGUCCCAAUGAACAUAUAAAAUGCGAGCUGGUCAACCUAUUUGCCUUUUCAUCUGUCUCUAUGUCGCAAGUCGAGGGCAGCAUGUCGUACGUCGAGGACCAGCAGAACGAGGGCAGCACGUCGCACACCGAGGGCAGGCAGGACGGAAGCGACAUUCAACCUCAACAAUCUCAAGCAGCAGUAGCACACAUGCAAGGUUUACAAAAACGCAGAAUCGCUCAACUGGAGGAGAAACUGGAGGCUCUAGAGUCCGGGCGCGCAGUCAAAGAAAGGCAAACAAACUGGUACGCGGCUAAGGGAAGAGCAAUCAGACGUGUCGUCGCCCUGUUCGAUAGUAUCGAAGACCUCGUCGCUGAAAAUGACAGAAGAUACGAUGACGAUGACCAAGAUACUACCGUCGAUCAAGAUCGGUUACAGAUAGGUUACACCACCCUAACCAGAACUUUACCGUGGUUUCAUAAAAAGGGUGCAGAGAUGGAGUACGAUGAAUACCUGCAUAUGGUAAAGAUGCUUCGACAGGGGGCUGACGGUGCGCGAGGAGAUGACACCUCGAAGCUGAAGACUCUUGUUUCAGAAUGGGUCAAUCGCGAGUUCAAGCCGGUUUCGCCCAUUAACCACGACGAUAAGCAUUCGCGUGGAUUUGCCCAUGAUGUGUGUGGCAGGUUACUCUGUCCGGCGGAGCUGGAUUGGGACAAUCCAGAGGUAAGGGCAGGGAUUCGACAUCGCUCAGAUGGCUAUAUCGUCACAGAUCUGUCUUUUCCUACCUUCUUGUAUGACAAGUACACCGCCGAUCCGAAUAAUUUUGAGGAGGGUCUUUUCAAGGGCAAACUUCUUAUUCAGGGCUACAAAGCCGUGUUUACCUCACCCUCAUCAGCGAAGGACGUUGAAGGCGACGGCGACGGCGCAGAUAUCAUCAGCAACAACCGACGGGCUAAGAAGUCUUUUUCUGGAAUCAAGGUGAAGAAACACGUAGCCCAAAUCAUCCACAUGGACAAAGUCACCCCACGCUCGAUCGCAUACAUCGCAUGUCAGGUCCGGUUCGCACUUUCUUCUGUAACUUCGUGGCGGUCCAUGGACGGUGACUUCGACUAUCUACAAUUCUGGCGAAGCAUCGUGGACUUCUUCGAAAAAGCCCCUGGUCGAGAAGCACAUCGCAGGAUAGAAAGACUCCUCGAGUGGUGGACUAGAAAGGUUUUUGGAAGGAAUCGCCGAGGCGAACUCAGUGAUGCAGCAAAGGCUAAUAUGUCCGUUAAUGCUCUCGCAAGGCAGAGAGAACGAUUGGAUGAUGCCGCAUUUGAUUCACCCUAGAUAUACCAUAUGAUACUAGAUCUCUUACAAUCGUAGUCUACCUUGUUUGCCCGGUGCAAAAUAAAUUUUAUGUCGUGAUUUAACAAGAA